UUCCUUUUCCUUGGUGAUUCACUUUUUGUUUCUCUCUCAAAAUAUCUAGAGAGGUGGUGUGAUGAUGAUAUACUUGUCAAAUUGACUUUUUUUUUUUUUUUUUUUUCCUGUGUUUGUGAUGUUUUUUGAAAUGAAUGAUGUUAGCGUUCGUGAUUCUGAAUCGAUUGUGUCACUCCCUGUUUAGACUAGGCAUUGCAUCCAUUUAAAAAGUUCAUGGAUAGGUGGUCGGGUAAAAGAGCCAUUGAGGACCGACCUAGAUCUAGGAAGUGGGGUGGUGUUGUUUUGAGAGAUAGACUUAACGGCAAUACUUGCAAGGUUCCUGUUUCUACUGAUGACAAAAAAAAAUCUAUCAACUUUACUCAUCGGUUUGUUGGCUCUUCAGAUAAGAAAGAGAAAUCAGUGUUGUCUACAUACCGCUCUUCGCCAAACGGGAAGGAGGUAAAUGGAACUUCCUCUAAGGUUUGUGGCUCUAGCUCCUCUUCUUUGCAAACUGAGAAGCAGCCGCUGUCUCAGAUAUCCAUGGAUUCCUCAGAGAGCAGCAGAGGUAGCGAAAACGAGGCAGAGACAGACAUUAUGGAUGGAAGAGAUAAAAGAAGAGUUAGAAAUAAACUUGUUUAUGGAAAAUCUAAAGCACCUGAAGCGGAAUGCUCAAAAUUACCAUCAAGCUCAAGAAUCAAGAGAGGUUUUAGGCAGAGGUUUGGGUUGAGCAAGCAAGAGUCUCAUCCUGGUUCCUCUGGCCAGUCAACAUCUGCAAACCGAGGAUGCAGCCCGUUGUUAUCCGGUGUCAUUCCAAGUGGUUUUGGAUUGGACAAAAGAUUAAGUCGGAAGGUAGAUACAAUCAAUAAGAGAAAGGUUUAUGGAGAAAGCAGUUCUAGCUCCUCAGUUAGGGGAAAUGAUGUAACAGAACCACCAGCUGAAGUGAGACGUCGUAGUUUCAAUCCAAGAGGUUCUCUUUCUGAUAGUAGAAAUGAUAGACACCGCAAUUUGAAUUUUGAUAACGAUGUUGCUUCAGUUGGGAGUCAGAGAUCAGUAAAUAGAAGUAAUACUCAUAUUAGAUUCUUGAACCGAGGGAAUGGUAGAGAUGUUUUACCUUCUAUCAGGGCAACAGAGAUGUCUCAGACUGAAACAUCAAACAAUCUCAAUUCUCCUGUCUCUUUGGAGCUUUUCUCUGGUUUUCCAGAAUUUGGCCUAUCUGGUUCCUUAUUGAGUGAAGAUAGUUUUCGCAGUUACAAUUUAGAUGGGAUCUCCGAGAUUUUACCAGAACUUGAUAGGAUCGAACAAGAUAUCGAGCUUAAUUAUGAGCAGGAGCUGCUUAUCAUGGAGACAGGCUUACUUCUCGGUGGACUACGCUUCCAUGACCAACACCGAGACAUGAGGCUUGACAUCGAUAACAUGUCAUAUGAGGAACUGCUAGCUCUAGAAGAGAGGAUUGGUUCAGUAAGCACUGCUCUCACAAAAGAAGCUAUAUCAAAGUGCUUGAAAACAAGCAUCUAUCAAAUGGAAACUUCAAAUUAUGGGUCUAUCACCAAGGAAGACGCCAAAUGCAGCAUCUGCCAGGAAGAGUAUACAAUAGGAGAUGAACUUGGGAGGCUACACUGUGAGCACACAUACCAUAUGAAGUGUGUGCAAGAGUGGUUGCGGAUGAAGAGUUGGUGUCCAAUCUGCAAAGCUACUGCCGAAACCUCCUCUAAAUAACGUCUCUUUCUUCUUCCUCUUCCUCUUUCUUAUAAUUUUUUUCAAUCGUCUAAAGCCUGUGAACAACAAUGGAACCUGCCUAAAAAGGGCCUCACCAUUUCCUUUGUGUACAUACCAAUUUACACCGGCUUUGUCUUUCUCUAUCCCUUUUGUCUUAUGAAAAAGCUGUCCUGUGUUUCUUUUCUU